CGCCGGGGCCGCCCCUGGGCCGGGCGGGGGGCGGAGCUGCUCCGCUCCCAUUAAGUCGGGCAGCGGUGCUGCCCCACGGCUCGGCCGGGUUGGGUCAUGGAGGUGGCAAGGGACUGCGUGGGCUCGGUGCUGCGAUCUUUGGUAUCCGUGGGAGCAGUAACAAAACAGACCCUGUUCCCUCCUCUCAUGCCUGCAGGGAGGCCUUUCCGUGUGUCAAAUGCCUCCAGAAGCAGCCGGAAAGGAAUUGUUGCAAGCAGCCUGCAAGAGCUCAUCAGCAAGACCUUGGAAGCCUUCCUUAUAACUGCUAGCACGGUCAUUCUGGUUUUGGAAGAAGAUGGCACAGUUGUGGACACGGAAGAGUUCUUUCAGUCCCUGGAUGAUAACACGCACUUUAUGGUUCUAGAGAAAGGACAGAAAUGGACACAAACAAGAAAUGGAAUUGUCCCUGCAAAACAGAAGAAGAAAAUGGGAGUAGCUAACAUCACGUUUGAUCUCUACAAGCUGAACCCUAAGGAUUUUAUUGGCUGCUUAAAUGUGAAGGCAACCUUCUAUGAGAUCUACUCAGUGUCAUAUGACAUCAAGUGUAUGGGAGCAAAAAGUAUAUUGCGGAAGGUGCUUCAGAUAAUAUCUCAUGCAGCACAAAUAACUGGACAGUUUCUUCUCUAUACUGGAACAUACAUGUUGCAUUUGAUGGGUGAAUAUGAUGAAGAUGCCAACUGUAGAAGAUCACAGCACAAGUAGAGACCGCAGCAGCACUUCUGAUACUGGAUCCUUUUGUUCAAGGACAAUUUCUUGCCCAAAUUUGAAUAUAAUGAUGUUUUAGUAGGGAGAUAUCCACUAAGGUGAACUAACAUUUUUUUCCCCACUUGGGAAUGUUUGUAGGCCUUAGUUGUAAAAUAAGUGCUUGGCGUUCAUGGGCUCUUAACACAGCAAAAGGAUGGGUGCCUAAUGACUGAGAGCCAGGCAAAAGAAGAAGAGAAGGCAAUUUUUUUACCCCAGCAACUUGGUGGAAAAUAAGAUUAUUUGGAAGCAUGUGCUUUGUAACUAAUGGAAUAUUUCCUUGUGCUGACCAAAACAUGGUCUGCAUUCUUUAUGGCUGUCUACUUGCCUUCUGAACAGACAGGGUUGUCCUUUUCUCUUUUUGGUUUUAUCCUUAACUCUGCUGGUGUUGGUGUCCAGCUGGCACUGGGGUACAGAAGGCUGAAGUGUGCUUAUUUUCUAUUUCUAAUAAUGGAAAUAUACAAUACAACUGAAUACUGGUUCAGUGACUGAAUACUAUUGUGAAGUUUCAUUCAACAAAGCGCAACUACUAUGCAGAAGCUUAAAAUUUAGCCUUAUUUCCCUUAAAACAAGUAAACAUUUUAUAUAACUACUUGUACUAUCCUUCAAGUCUAUAGAACAUUCUGAUUAAUACAGUUUAUGGCAGUUGAAGAACACCAUGCAUAUAUAUUUUUAAUGUGUCUCAUGUCCCAUUCUGCCCCUCAGCAUUGAAUAACUUGUCAUAGAGUCAUCCAAAUGGCUUACAGAAUACCUCCUGAAGAUUUCUUCAGGGUUUAAACCUUCAAUUCUGUAAUUUUUGUUCUUCAGCUACGCAUGUAGAUGACCCUGAAUUUCAAGCUGCACUUGAAAUGUUGGAUUUUGAUGCCCCUGCAUUCAAGGGGAACAGCUGGACCCUGUCUACUGUGUAGUGCAUACUCAAAACUGGGUAUUUGCAGACUUAGUCUCCUAAUACAAAUCAUAUUAAAGGACAAAGUUUUUAACCUUCAGAUAUAAUUGUCCAGAAAGCGUUAUGUAGUUUAGUGAACUGUUAGUAUGACCGAUUUUUUGGAAAGGAUCUCCUUGGCUGUGAAGACAAAUGGGAAAACAAGUAGUGGUAAGCAGUUGUGUCAAAAUACAGACACCAUCGUUGAGGGGGAAAUGUUCAACACCUGCUGUUCAUAGGUGUGGCUUCUGCGGUUUUCAUUUGCUUUUUUAUGAUAAAUUUUAAUAAGUUACGUUAUUAAGACUGAAAGCCAUUAUGGAGAUAACAUGUAGGUAAAUAUCCUACCUGAUUGCAAGUGCCACUCAGGAAGAGAAACUCUGGUGACAAGGUGAACAAGAAGGAAGAGAAAAAGUAGGAGUGGAAGGGACUAACAUAUGCUCCAGGAUGCUUGCCAUGCUUCUGCAGAGACACAAGUCCUUUAAUCAUGUACAUCAAAUGCACUGAUUAGUUGGAGGAAAAGCUGAUGUGUUAAAAGAAGAACAGAUGGACUGAGGUGACCAGGCAUCAUGUUUGGUGGGUCUGUUUUGAUCUGUAAGCUGGAUCUCUUCACUUAAAAUAAUACCAAUACAUGGGAAUAUAGCUCACAUUUGUCUGCCAGCUUCAUUUUCAUAUGCUUAUUUUUGCCUUCCUUUUAUGGGUCUGAUUUUUAGCCAGCUGGAGCUGCAUCUUUCAAAUCACUGUUCUGGUGAAAGGCAGCCUAAAAUCAAUCUUAAAAGGACUAACAGACCUAAGUCUGCUAAGUCUUUACCUGUCUCUUCAGAAGUGGUAUUACAAAUGAGUAGACGGCUAAGAAAGAAAAUGAGGCAUUUUUUUCCCCUCUGAUGUGUUGUUUCCCAUCCACUUCUGAAUAUUUGCUGGGGGAGAGAGGGGUGGUGAGGCAUGCAGCUCCAAGCAAGGGGUGGACUGGUUUAUUAUACUCAUUUUCCACAUGGAAGAAUGUCUGCACCUUGCAGUACUGUUAGGUUUCCUUCAGAAGGAAACAGACUGCUCAGCAGGUAAUGAGAGAAAGGUUAUGGAAAAAUAAAGACUUUAUCUGUAUUGUUCAUUCCCCCAUCCCUAUUGUGACUGUUACUGUGGUAACUGUUGGCUGGAGUUUUUCUACCCCCUAUCAAGGAACUGCACUUAGCUGAUGCAGUGCAGGGACUUUGUCAUUAGCCAUUAACUCUUUCAGAUUUUAAGGACCAUUUAUUGCAUUAAAAGAAGCCCUCCUCAAAUUAUUCUACAUGUAAUGUAGUUUUUCUAGGAAUAUGUAUAAAUAUAUUCGAAAGCUUUUGCAAGUCUGAACCACAUAGAUCUCAAAUUCUGUCCUUCUAAAGCCAGAGGCAGUUGUCACAGAGCUAACACUCCGUAGUUUCCAGUGGUAUUACUGUAGAACUAAAAGGCCAACUCAACAUGAAUUUGAAAUGUUUUUAAGCAGUUGCUUCUUUGGCAGCUUAACACAGUAACGUUUGAGUUGCUGAAGGUCAUGUGAGCUGCAGUCUCCACCCCCAGAGCAUCUCCCUGUGGUUCAAAAUGCAAACAGCUGAAGAAAGUAGCUCGACUUUAAUAUUUAGGGUGGGAGAAGUGUCUUGGGAAGUUUGGAGUUUGUGAAUUUGUUCAAUUGUUUUUGAAUCUGGAUUUUGCUGCAGAUUUAGUAUUUAGAAGGUAUUUGCUGCUGUACCAAUGACUUUCCAGAGAUAAAGUCUUGGCUUCCUGUCAGACCUGGAGGAGUUUGUUUUUCUGAGUUGGAGUCAGUUGGAGGUUUUGUGAUUUUUUUUAUUUCUAUUUUUUUCUUUUUUUUUUCAGCCUGCUUAUGAUGUGCAGCUUUUGCUUUGGCUGCGUGUGGUACUCAGCAGAGAACAGCACUUGCCCAGCUUCCAGAAAGCUACAAAAACUAAAGGCAUAGGCUCUUCCCUGCCAGUAUGUAGAAGUGAAACUAUCUUUCCUACUUCUUUCUUUCCCAGAGCCCUGUUAAUCUUCACUUGUUACUGUUGCAGGCAAAAGCUGGUAACACUAAAAUUUCAAAAACCUGAAACAUGUUUCCUCCCUCCUUCCUUGCCCUGACCCUCUUUGCCUGUUGCUUUGCAUCACUUACUAACAAUGCACCAAGUCAUACUCCGUAGUGACCAAAAAAGGAAUUUUCACUGAAGUACUGGAUCUUGUUGACUCAGGCACUGCUCGUGUUCUGCAGGCAAAACAAAGCUGCUCCUUUCAUGACUAGAAUGAAGAAUCUAAUAGCUUUUCUGUGUGUGUAUAACUUCCUACUUAAUUUCCUCCCUUUCACAAACUCGCAGAGUAGUUGCUUUCUUGCACCUUCCUAUUCUUUCAUGAGAAAUAGGUGUGCAAGUUCUUCUGCUUGGGGGAAGGGAUAAGGCAGUGUCUAAAUUCCUUAGAGCAUUAGGAAUGUGUUGUAGGAAACAUCCCAAAUCCCUGAUCUGUAGGGAAGGGAGGGGUUAAAGGAAGAAAAACAGGACUUUGAGCUGGAAGCUUUUUCAGCACAGUAGAGAGGUAGGCGUUAACUAUUUAGGAAAUGCUGGUAAUUCUGAAUGUGAACAUAUGAUUAUUAGUAACAGACUAGAAUUCUAACUCUAAACCGUUUCAGCAUACUUCUUAUAGAGAUAGAACUUGAACUAAAGGCACAGACUUCUUUAAUUAAAGUUUAAAGCCAAAGCACAAAGGAGAGGGAAUGUAAUGCUUUGUUACUGGAGGUAUUAACAUAAUUAACAAUAUACUUCAGUGGCAGUAAUAAUCCUUGUGGGGUUUAACAUUUAUUGCUACUUUCUAUACCUUGCCAUAAGAUAUUUAUAAUCAUGAGAACUGAUGUUUUGCUAAAGGAAAAGAUUAUGUUUUACCAUUUCAAAACUGUAGAACCCAGUAGCUUAACUUGCUAUGGAAACUGAGAUGGGUGAGGAUGAUGUGAGUGAUGGCAAUAUUUUCUGAUACGUGGUGCCAAUUUUGAGGAAAUGCAUAAAUGUCCAUGAAUAAAGUUAAACUGUGGCUUUGGA